GCCCUUAUUGAUGUACGUAUAUUGUAUACAAACGACAAACGUUAACGAUAUGCAAAUUUCUUGAAUCAAUUCUGUGAUAAGGAAACAGAGAUGGCGCCGCCGCGCGCUGAUAAGAAAAAGUUCUCGAAGGAAAAAUCAAAGAAGAAAACAGACAAGACGGAUUCAAAAUCGUCACUCCCAUCUACAACGAUAGCUGUAGCCAUAACGGCUUUCAUAGCCAUCUCCGUAGCAAUUUACUACAAGAACGGAUUUAACAUGGAGCGAAAGCUGGAUGAAGCGCAAAGGACGAGCACUAGAGACACGUCGAGGACUUCAAAUAACAAAAAAACCGAAAUUAACACGGAUUUCAAAAUUCUUCCCCGAUUGGACGGAGUUAAGGUUGGUGAUUAUCCAAGAAAUAUUCUAAAUUGGCUUCAUAUUUUUAAUUAUAUGACUUCAUUAUUUAUUACUUGACCGUAUUGUUAUGAUUGUGUUUCAGCUGAGUAGCCUGUACUGACGUGUCCGUAUUAAAUCAAUAGACUGUUUAGAUUAAACAAAUGAGUUAAGGCAAUUUUCCUAUGAAUCCUUAACUUACUGUGUUUCAACACAGUCCCCUUAUGUCUCGCUUAUUAAAUAAGACCGUGUUCGAAUUAUUAAUGCUGAUCUUUCUGUCACGUUUUGCAAUAUCGAUCGAAUAUUACCUUUAUUGAAAUGAAUGUUCCGCGAAUUUCUAGAAAUGUGCGAAGUUUUUUAAACAAAUGCUUAUCGAACAGAAAUGUGAUGGUUCAAAUGAAAAAAAAUCAAGUCAAAUAGAAGCUAAAUGGCUAAUUCGAAAACAGAGUUUGUUCAUGCAUUACGUUGUAACGGUUCCGUGGCUUAUUCACGCGAUCUUACGUGGUAGCCCUGGCGUUACAAACAGCGACAAAGAGAAGCAUUUUCACCAGACAGGAGUUAACAUGAUUGCCAUCAAACAAAAGGUGAAAUAAAUAAUCUUAUGACCCAUGGUCUAUUUGCCUGCUAAGUCUUGGAUUAAGUCAUGUAAAGUGCUGUAGAAUCUCGUUUACCUAUUAAAAAAACAAAAAUCUGUAAAAAUUAUACAUAUUUUAUUCUCGUGUCUGUCUAAGUCCCUUGGCCGUGGGAGAUCUGGGUAUGAGAGUAAUCAAAUUUAUGACGUCAGAGACGUCAUGGUUAAAAGUGAUGAGGACAACGAGACUUACCUAUUGUGUUAGUUUUGUUGCUGUUGAAAUUAUUGGCGUAAUUCGUGCUACCAUAUACUCUGUGACAGACAUUGCCGAUUGAUUGUUUGUUUUUUGCUAAUCAGUAAUUUACCUAUUUAUUUUAUUUAUUUAUGACUUCCAGGUUGGCCACAUUCAAAAAAGGCAAUUAAGCCCGGGAAAGAUGUACGAAAUAAAGACACUGAGUCUUAAACCACUGAUAUUUGGUAAGACAACAAUCACAAAAUUCCUAGUUAUCCUUAUGAAGGAGCUAUUUCACAAGUAUACUUACUGUUUUAGGUUAAUCAUAACUUAGUGCCUUGAACAGUACACAAAAAUGCAUGCACUAAUCAUGCUAUCGUUUUUGUGAUUUUUGCAGGAAUAGUAUUAAAAGGAAACUCGUCUUUUUCAAGUUUCAAUCCAUAUCCGUCCUUGCCAUCUGUUGCAACAAAGGAUAGGAAACAUUUUCAGUCCCUAAAAUGAUUUAGUAUGAUUACAUUGAUGAUUAUCGAAAAUAGAGCGCUGAGAUUGGCUAGGAGCUUUGCUUCAUCCCGCUAUAAUCACCGCGUGGUGAUUAUAACAUUGAAGGCUAACAGUUUUCAAAAUGGCAGCCAGAUUUUUUGAUAUUUCGGAGUCGGAAAUUGAUCAAUGUAAUUAUACUAAAACAAUCAGUCGCCUCAGGCGACGUGAAUAUUCACGUCUCCUUGGGCGACUAAUCGUUAAAUAGUCUUAAAUAACAAAACUGAACCAUCACUGUGGAAUUCAAUUGACGUGAAACAUGUUUUAGCUUUUUAAAAAGAAAACAAAUAGCGUGAUAAAGCCCCUUUAAAGAUACGGUAUGCUCUACGUAGCAGGAACAUCCUUUUGAGAAAUAGCAGUUUUUAAAAGACUGAUGUACUGUACCUCAACGACACCUGUCUACAAUCCAUAAGUCAAUUGUUUAAUUAUAGAAAUACCCAACUUUUUAUCUGACGAGGAUUGCCAGACUGUUGUGGACCUUGCCUCUAAAGAAGGCCUGGACACAAGUGAAGUUCAGGACCCUGAGACAGGAAUCAACAUUGAACCAACCAAUGAGGAGACGUUCAACAACUGGGAUUACAAUCACGACGGCGUCAUUGAUAAAGUUGAGGUUAGACUAAGAACGUUUUCUCGAAUUUUCAGUGGCAACAUGUCAUCGCGUUCUCUUUUCAAAGCCAUCAAACCACACUAAUUAAUCCCGAAAUUUGAAGGGAACUGAAACUUCUUCUAACGUUAACUGUACCUCUUUUGAGAAGAAGUUAAAAAUGUAGUUAGAAGGAGAAGUGCGAAACGUGGAAACGUUCAUUCAACCUAUAAAAUCCCUUAAGCGAAAUCAGGAAACAUUGUGAGGAGACACCCUUUCUUCUUUGUACUACACACUGGAACUCAGAUGAAUCGGAAACAAGAUAUCGGUUCAGAUAACAACAAUGUUUUAAACCAGACUACUAAACAAUUUACCACGUGACCGAAAUAACAUUCUCUUACGUUCUCUUUCGCAGGUAAUGCACAAUCUUGUAGAUCUCAGCGAUUUGUAUUUCUCAGAGGAAGACAUCGAGAAAAUGUGAGUAGUAAUUUACUACUUGAUCCGAAUGUUUUCACAAUAAAUGAUCGAAAAGAGGUACUGAAACUUCCCUUUGAUACCGGAAACUAAUGACUGUAAGAAAGUGUUUUCAAUUUAGUGAUAAUUUCAGACACAGACUAAGGUCCAACACUAAACACUGUAUUGCUUUGCCUACGAUAAUGAUUUCAGCCCGACAAGUUUCUUGAUGUAGAACUAACGUGUAUAAAUUAACAAAAGAACCGCGAAAAUUUAAACUUGUAAUCAUACGUUAACUUCAGAAACCUGCUGUCUUCCUAACGAUUUUGGGUUUAUGGUUUAAUUUCUAGGUUUGAGGAAUUAAAAGUAGACAAGAACACAAAUGGUUUGUAAGCCAAUAUCAGUUUGGGAGAUUUGACGUGAUUUUCCAUUUUUGCUCAGAUACGGUGGUAUCCUCUUGCACUAACUGAACGCACGAUAAAAUAACCGCCCCCUGGUUAGCUCAAUUAGAUAAGUCGUGGGUUCAAACCCCGGCCGGACCAACACUCAGGGCCUUAAAAUAACUGAGAAGAAGGUGCUGCCUUUGUUGUGACAUCUACAAAUGGUUAGACAUUCUAGUCUUCUCUUAUAAGAACAACCGUAGGCCCCGUCUGACAGCUCUUUCACUGUUCUGAUUCUUGUGAGACGUAAAAGAACCCACCCUGCUGUUCGUAAAGAGUAAGGGGCCUAGACCCCGGUUGUGUGGUACAACCUUUCAUUGGCUGGGUGGGUAAUGAGGGGGUUGAUAUCAUUUGAGACGUUAGUCCUGUUUCAUCCCCUGUCACCGUGUUGAGUCAACGUGGCGAAUUCAUUUAAGUAAUUAAAGUAAAUAGAACUAAAGAAGAAGGCCACUCUACCUAGUGACUCCAAACGCGCGAUGAAAUCUGAACUGUAAAAGAACACCAUUCACUCCACUCAGUGACUCCAAGCAUUUUCCUAAACAUUUAUCGUGAGGUCUCAUCAUGAACAAUUAAUUGUGUUACUUAUUCAGGUGUCAUGGACCUAAAAGAGUUUCUAACAGUAAGAACCGAAAAAAUCAUGAGGUAUCUUCAUAACGUGGCGAAAACGCUGCCUCGAGUCAAGAGCCGAAACAGCAGGCAAACAUGGUUGGACCACAGAAAGAUAAAAGGGCUCAAUGAUAGGUAUGUCAUGAUAUCUCAUGAAUUUAUCAGGCACCAGUCGAGAGCCAGCCAGCUCUUGCCUCACUUUCCGCCUGUAGACGAGAACUAUUUUUGUUUUUAUACCAUUUAGUACUUUCUCAUAUUUAUAGUUAAUUCUGCAUUGUUUUACCAAUAAACUGGAAUGUUUUUUUUGUCGGUUAAUAAUGAGUUUUUGUUACGCUGCGGAGUCAAAGGGCUGAUAUACGAUUUGAUUUUCAGAGUUGCAGCUCUAACAAAGCUUCCCAGAGCAGUAAUUGAAGAAAGUGAAGAACUUCAGGUAGGAACUUAUAAAUAGAGUUGCAUUGGAUGUUAUUAUUCUCCAGGCUCAGUGGCUAGAGUGCUUGACCGAUAGGUUCGAAUUCCUGCAGGAACUCAGAGGUUUUGUGUCUGCGUUGGUGACAUGGUGGACAUUUCAGCUUUCUCAGGACCAUCCUUACUAGCGUCAGUUCAAGAUAUAUUUGAAUAGAGAGCUUCUCUAGCCUGUCGACCACAUGUACUCCUUACAUACAAAAAGAAAGAACGAGUUUGUGCGCAUUAAAUCUUAUGUCAAAAUAGCAGAUUGAAGGUUUAUUAAGUACACGCUUGUAAUCCUCUUGCAUCCUUUAUUAUGAUAAUGGUAGUCGUGACGAUGACCAUGAUGACAAUUCUAGUAUUUUUUUUACACGUAGGUUGUUCAUUACGAUCCCGAGGGACAUUACCACUGUCAUCAUGACUCACAGGAUGUGGAUCCCAGAAUUCCUUGCUGUGUAUUCCGAGACAGAAGACGCUGUCGCCUCUGCAGGUACUGCGCAUGUAGUGCGUCAUUCUCCAUAAGCUCAGUCUCCAGCUAUUUAUGUGUUUUGGGGGUGAGAGAAGAUUGAGGUAAGGUUGAGGCGCGCGGAACUCAUGGGAAGGAACAGUCUUUUCCCAAGAGCUCCUGCGCUCUUUAAGCUAACCCCAAUCUUCUCUCACUCACAAAACACGUCAAUAGCGCCUUGGUAGGAGUGUACCAUAAGCCCCCUGCAACUAGUAUGCACUAAAAUCUUUGUACGUUCUCCUACGUUGAACAAUUUUAAGUUAUUAAAUAGAAACCAUAUUUCUUCCACCUUUUCCUUUAGCUAGAGAUCUAAUAAGAAUUGACUUAUUUUCUUUUGCAGAUAUAUUACAGUAUUAUAUUUUUUAAACGACGUUGAAGAAGGGGGCGAGACUGCCUUCCCAGUUGCCAAUAAUGCUACAUUUAGCAUCGAGGUAAGCAUUCCUACCAAAAUUUUAUCUAUAUUUUGUGAUGAGUGGGGUAGGGCAAACAACCACUUUCAAGUUUGAUAACCUAGAUUAACACUAAGAUUUGAUGAUCCAGUAUGGCGGCCCUCUGGAAGAUAUGACGUAUUUCUUUGUCUUUUGACGUCAUAAUAACCUGUUAAUGCUUCUCUUGAGAGAUUUAUGUGUCCUCGAGUAUCAUAUGGUCAUAUUACAAUUUGAGGUUGCAGGGAUACAGAUUCUUUUCUUAUUUUUUUGUCAAGUUCCCGUUCACUAAAACCAGGUAAUCAUCCAAGACAGCCUUGGAUUCUGUGCAAGUUGUGGAGUCCGGACUCCAGGUUCUGGACUGGCCGGAUUCUUUGUCAGUGGAACUGGGAUUCUGGAUUCCAAUCGUUAGCGGGAUUCCGGGUUCCUUGGGCCGAGGAUUCCGGAUUCCACAAGAAAAAAUUUCCCGGAUUCUGGAAUCCGGAUACCCUUACAUAGGGCGACUUUUGUGUUAAAUGUAAACGCUAAGAAAGUGAAGCGGCUUCCUCGGUGCGAAUUAUUAUGUCUCCAGGGGAGUCCUAAUCCAAUUCCUAAUCUUAUUUGGUUUUAACUAGCAUUCCUUUUGAUUCAAUCUAGGUGCAGAUUUUGCGAUACUUGACAGGCAGUGUCGUUGCAGCACUAAAAGCAUUUGUACAGUUUAACGGUCGUUAUGCAAACCCCUCCCACUAUUUUAAGGGUUUUGUUUCUUUCAGGCGUGGGCACAGAUAACUAAAUACCGCUGCGACUUGAGCAAGCACUGUCACAAGGCCAACUUAUUUGUAAAACCCCGCAAAGGGACGGCAAUUAUGUGGUAUAAUCAUCUGCGAGAUGAUAAGACAGGAUGGCACGGACGACUAGACCAGAUGACCUAUCACGGAGGAUGCGACAUUCUAAAGGGAGAGAAGUGGAUUGCUAAUAACUGGAUAAAUAUUUUGGGAGAUUCACGAGAAACUAUGGUCUCUUACAAGAAUCCAAAAAAGAAAAUUUGACUACAAGUUUUGAAUAGUUUAGACCUUAGGUAGUGGAGGGAGUAACUUGCGAGUACCUGUUAUCCGCAAUGAGCUAAACAAUGCGGCCUAGGCCACCAGGUCUUGAAGGGAACUAGUCAUGUAGGCGACAUUUGAAAGGCGCGUUAGCUGACUUGUCAGAGAAAGUUCUCGGUUUACGAUACAGAGUAGGCCGGACUUAGUCUUGUAUUAUAUGUGAUAAAACAAUAAGGCGGUUUGCGAGCAAGUAAGAAAUAAAGUUAGGC